GGUACAGGUAGAUAUACAGGUGUAAUCUAAAGACGCUGAUCGUAUUUUUAUAUAUGUAGAAGACAGGCACAAAAUGAGUUUUGAAGGUGGUUUAAAAACCAGACUGCUUCAGCAGGAGUGCCACUUUACUUGGUCUCUAAGAGAAGAAGACUUUAAUCUCUUCGAUUUACAGAAUCGUCUGGAGGAACAGAUUCAGUUGGAAUCCGGCGAGACAAGAGUAACACGGGCUUACAGCAGCUUUGGAUUUAUUCAUUACCUUCAUGGCAACCUACAGGAAGCACUCACAAAUCUGCAGAAAUCUGUGCAGCUCGCAAAAGAAUACUACAAAGAGAGAAGCGAUGAAGUUCUUAUUGUGACCUAUGGUGACCUUGCCUGGCUGCACUAUUAUAUGAAGGAAUUAUCUCAAUGUGAAGACUACUUGAGACUGUUAGAAAGGACCCAUGGAAAAUGUUUGGAUGAAUUCACCUAUAGCAUCCCUCUAGAGGUGCUCAGAGAAAAGGGUUGGGCUUUUCUUAAAUUCUCUCACAAAUAUUACAAUGCUGCAAAAGAAUGCUUUAGACAGGCCCUUGAAAUGAUCCCACAUGACAGUGAUUUAAAUACAGGCUAUGCAAUUGCACUGUACCGUACUACAACCGAGAACCCUGACUCUCAAGAUUCGCUGACAAUACAACAAUUCCAAAAAGCAAUAAAGCUUAAUACAGAUGAUGCUGUUCUACCAGUUUUGCUGGCCCUGAGAAGUGUCCACCAAAAAAAGUAUAGAAAAGGUGAUGAUAUGAAAGAAUCACAUUCUGAACUGUGCAUAAAGAUGGUGAUUAGUGCGCUUUUGAAGUCUCCUGAAAACCCACAUGUCAUGAGAUAUGCAGCAAAAUUCUUUCGUGAGUUGGAAUCGUUGGACAUGGCCAUAAAUCUACUGAAAAAAGCACUGCAGGGUUCCCCAGGCUCAGCCUUCAUACACCAUCAAUUAGCUAUGUGUUACAAAAAGAAGAAAUAUAAAGCAGUGUCAGAUGAAAAUUUCAAGUCGGACAUGAAAAUGUGCAUCGAUCAUCUAAAAACAGCUGUUUCUUUAAGGCCCUCUUUCAUUUUUGCUAUGGCAGAUCUGGCACUACAUUAUGGACAGGAUGAUUCUAUCUCAGAAGCUGAGAGACUUUUUGAACAAGCAUUUAAAGAGGCUAUUUACAGAAAGGAGCAUCUGCAGUAUGUGUAUUGUUUGUAUGGCAAGUACCAGCUCUGCACCAAAAGUUCUGAAAAGCUAGCCAUACAGAACUUCAUGCAAGGCCUGAGGCUGCAGCCUGAAUCAGCAGAAGGCAAGAUAUGUGAGAGGAGCCUGAAAAGGGUUGCUGAAUGUCGAAUUGAAAGGCUGAAAGAUCCUAAUGACAGUACGGCAUGUUGCAUACAAGGAUUAAUCCAUGAAGUAAGAGGUGAAACACUCCAGGCUGCAGAGUUCUAUGAGAAAGCCUUAACGAAUGGCCUUGCUGUCGGUGAAAGCAUUCUUCUCACAGAAAUCAGGAUUUGGUUCAUGGACUUCAAAGAUAAAGGAACAUCUGUUGUUGAUCUGCUCUUUGAAGAAUCAAAGAUUUGUGAUGAAGAACAGCUUGGCGAUAACAGACAUAAGAUUGUCAAAGGCAAAUUGACAGAGAAAAGUGCGUACUUGGUAGAGAUUGACAUUUGCGAUGCCAAGAGGAUUCUUAAAUGGGAAAGACGUGGUCUCACUCCUGGACCCCAUGCAGUUCUACUUGCCUUCCGUCUUGAUCAUGGGGAAUUCACGGAGAAGACCAAAGAGAUUCUUGAAGAUUUAGAGUUUCUUGGAGAGAAAUUCUGGAAUCAUGUCAUUGUGGUAUUUACUGAAGGAGACUGUAGUAUAAAUGAAUAUACUGGAGCUCAGAGAGAAGUAUUGGAGUGGAUUCGCGAAAAAUGUGGAUACAAAUACUACAUCUCUGGCUACGCACCAGAAAUUACAGAGAGGAUUGAGCUUUCAGAGAGGAUACUAAGGAUGAUCAGGAGAAAUAAUACAAUGCAUCUGCUUUUACCAGAGAUUUCAGAUGGAGCUUCUCAAUCCCUUUCAGAAGUCCUAAGAAAAAGGUCAAAAUGCAGUACUUCAUAUUUUUUACAGGGGCCAGACAAAAAAGAUUCGUUCACUCCAGAGAUCAUUGUUCAGGAUGGACAAACUAAAUACAGGCUACAAUGCAGUCAUGCAGGCUGGUUCCAGUGUGAGUUUACACAGGUUGGUUUUAACAUGUUGGGAGAAGGGGAGGUGUUGUACAACACUGUUCUUCAGGGGAGUAACUGUCCAGUCCUCGCCAACUGUUACCAAGCAGGGCCUCUGUAUGACAUCAAAUGUGUUCAGGGUGAGCUCUCUCAACUCAAACUGCCACACUGCGAGACCUCCAUUGAGGAUGCACACCACUCUUUGUCAGUUAUACAUUACUCUAAUCACAUUGUUGAUAUUCUGAAACCUCAGAAUGUCACAAGCACACAUGUGACAGUGAGCAUCCAAGGAACAUCAUCAUUCUGGAUUUCCAAGAUAGUAAACUGGUUUAAGAAAAGGAUCUAUGGACAAGUGAUGCUGUUUUACCAACCACAAAAUCAUAGGCUGCAUGUGUACCUACAACCACGCAACGUGAACCCUAAAGAAGUGAAAAAAUUGGAUACAAAUUAUCAAUUAAUCCAAUCAUCAUGUGAUUGCAUGCUUAAACAUAACUGUAUGUACAGGAUGUCCUGUGAUACUGUAGAUGAGUGUGGACUUUCGGUGAAGCCAGUAUCAAAGAUACAACCAGAGAACACAAAAUUUCACUGCACUGUGCAGUGGAAUCAUUUAUAUCCAACAUUUGAUAUAAAGUUGCCGGAUGGUGUGAUGAAUGUGAGAUUAUGCCUCAAAAAGGAAAACCCCAAAGAAGGAAAAGUCAAAGUUGUAUGGGGCCUUGAAGUACCUCUCGAAGAAUAUAAAGCAGAAAAACGCAAACAGAUCAUAUCAACCGAUGAGCACUUUGCAUCCUUUCUGCUUGAAAACAAAAGCAAACUCAUUCAAAGGGUGGGAAAUGUUGAUCCCAUUUUAGAUUACCUUGAUGAAUUCAUUGAACCAGAAGAGAUGAGUGAAAUCAGAGCAAUGACAACAUCACAGAAAAAAAUGAGGGCCAUCUACAGGAUCACAGAAAGACAAGGUCUUUCUUCAAAACGAACUUUUUUUGAUUCGCUUCAUGAAAAUGAAACCAUUCUUAUGAAAGAUAUGAAAACAGACAAUGACUAAUACUACUAAUGUAUGUGAGAUGAACACUCAAUCAGCAGAGAAACUGAUGUAUUAAUAUCUACACAGUCGAAUGUUUUAAAAAAAUUGGGGUUGUACUGCUUUACAGUGUAACUUGACAUUAAUGUUUAGAUUGGAGUCAAUGGCUUUGUUUCAUGGUAUGGUAUGGGAUAAAAACUCAGUUGUAAAUAAGUUUUCAGAUGUAUUUUUUAUUUUAUUUUAUUUACUCUUGUCAUCUCAUGUGCCCUUUUUUGUUUUUAAGCCCUCAUAUUUGCCUUUGUCCUUGUCGAGUACUGUUGUUUUAAUGUGGCUUCAUGAUUAGUUUAUGUUCAUGGAUUUUGCUUAUAGCCAAUUCAAGUUAAAGACUUGGCUAGUCUUUCUGUUUAAUUUAGUUUUUUUUAUCACUUAUGACGAGGAUGAGGGCGUGCCCGGGCCGUGAGGGUGCACGGCCUGCGCUGAAUCAGAUGAUCAGCGGGAGAGCGAGAUAAAGGGGAGCCGGAGACGGCAGUUCGAGAGAGAGACACGGGGCCGUGCUGCAUGUGUGUGUGUGUGUGUGUGUGUGUGUGUGUGUGUGUGUGUGUGUGUUUGAAUCGGGCGGGGGAGGAGUGUGACGAGGAGGAGGCCGUGGCCGGGCCGUGUGUGUGUUUGUUUGUUUUAUGUUGAGUUUGACAUUAAACUUUACGUUGACUGGU